AUGGGUGUCAUCCGCUUCGGUCGCCCCACGGGCAUUUAUGUCCCUAGCUCUCCUGUUCGCCUCACCAACGAUAUGAUUUCCCCUCCUCUUUCUUCCGACUUCAACUUCGAUGCCGAAACCGUUACUCUCUCCGCAUUGCCCGCUCUUGAAUACAUCUCCAAGAAGCUCCAACAACGAAUGAUGCAUGUCACCCUCCUCGUCGGUCGUGGAAAGCCCUAUCCCACUGGCGAACCCUCUGACCUGAUGAUCAUCCCCAUUACAUUCCUCGAUGCACCAGCAUGGCGCAUCCUAGAGCGAGCCAUCUCCAAAGCCGCAAAGAAAUUCUCAUUGGGCCAAAGCUGGUCCGACGCAUUGAACCGUAGCCAAUACGAACGCCAUGCAAACGAGUACCUGGUCCAGCAAUCAAUCCUCCAAAACGAAGUCGUCUUCAGCCAAGAAGGCUUGACCCUGCUCAACAUGGAUCGCAUCUACACUUUCAAACGCCGGUUGUGCAUCCUUUCCAACCGCCCAUUCUCCCGCACAGACGACCAGUCUAUGGCCUCCUGUGUGAAACUCUUGCACCGCCUUAUCGAUGAUUUUCAAGGCCGCCCAUUCAGCAAGGCAUUCUUUCACCGUGUUUACGAACAGCUUGAUGUGAGGGAUGAUCUGCUCACUGUCAUUGCGGCUGCUUACAAGAGCACGCAUAAGCUGGACGCGAUCAUCUUGCCCUCACAGCCCAAGGCUGAGCAAGAGCAGUCAGUGGCUGAGAAGCCGAUGAUCCAGAAACCAAUUGUUCAAAAGACCUCUGCUCAAAAGCCCUUUGUUCAAAAGAGCUCUGUUCAGAAAGCCUCUGUUCAGAAAAUCUCUGUUCAGAAGCCCGUCGCUCAGAAGCCCGUCGCUCAGAAGCCAGCGACGAAGGCUGCACGUGCUAAACGCCCGGCGCAGCCUGCUAGAUGCAGUAUCCAAAGGAUCGGUGCUCCAGCGAGGAGAGGGCCGAAGACGCCCCUGUCGGCGUCAGAUGUGACACCAAUCACUAGAAACGAGUGGAACAUACUCGUCAGCCAGGAUAUUCGCUUACAGCCGACUGUGACCAAGUGGACUCCAUCUCCUACUGUGUAUGCUGUGGCGUGA